CCGUGUAAAGGUGUGAUAUCCACUCUUUGAUCCAAAGUACAGAGACGUCAGGAAGCUAUGAUUUUUUUCCAUUACAAAAAAUUCAAACUAUUAAAGAUUUGUCUUUGACCAUCGGAAUGCUAAAUGCUUAUCUUGUACUUUGGACAUGGGUGAGAUUAAAAUGAAGAAACUUCUCUAGUGGAAUGAUAAUAUCUACUUAAUUAUUUACUAUUUAGAGAAUUGAGUGUGUUAUGUUUUAGAUAAUAGCAAUUUGUACUGAUAAGGGAACUUUAUUGUGGUAUAUAUCUUCCGAUAAUGUUGCACACUAUAAACAAGGAUUUGGUACCUAUAAAGGCUCAUUACUUUUUAUAUAAUGCUGCCACAGGUCCAAUUGUGCCAUUUUUACCAACAAUUGCAAAACAGUUGGGAUUUUCUGGUUUUCUAGUCGGAACAAUGUAUACCUUGCUACCGAUCUCAGGGUUAAUAGCUAAACCCCUCUUAGGUGGACUGGCUGAUAAAUUCAAUCUACACAAGUCCAUCUUGCUGAUAUUCCAAGUUUUACUUGUUAUAGGUUUCUCUAUUAUAUACUUUAUACCAGAAAUAGAAAGUAGUGCAACUGCUUACCUAACUUGUAACAAGGAAGCCUUCAUAGAAAUUUGUAGUAAAAAGGGCUUUUCUAAUGGAGUCUUAAGAAAUGUGAUAUCGUCAACAAAUGUCAAUUUAGAAUGUCAGUUAUCUUGUAAUGCAUCCACAGAAAUCUAUGAAGAAUUGUGUUCCAACUGGCGUGCCGUACAGUUCUGUGGCGUGGCCAAACAGAAUGUAUCAGAAGGAACAACCUUUAAUUUUACUGCUCAGUUUAAUGUGUAUGAGAAUUUGCAAGAAGGAUCUUGCAUAGACGUACGCGUUCGCAAUGUAACAUUUUUUGAUGGCAUUAUACAUAAACCAUUUUGUGAGAGACACAUAAGACCUAAGUGUACGAUUGGUUGCAAAAAUGUGCCAGAAAUGAGUCACCUUUUGAAAGAGGCAAGUCAGGAUGAAAGCAACUCGCAAGCAUGGACAUAUCAAUUUCAUAUAUAUCUAUGGGCAGCUGUUAUAAGUUGGAUCGGUAUGGCAGUGGUAGUUAGCAUCGGGGACACAAUAUGUCUCAACAUACUUGGUGAAGAAAGAAAAAGAGAAUACGGGAAGCAGAAGCUAUGGGGCAGUAUAGGAUUCGGAAUUUUUGGAGUACUUGCCGGAUAUCUGGUGGACGUUUUUAGUCGAGGCCAUGCCGAGAAGGAUUAUUCCUGCAUUUUCUUCAUAAUGUUAACAGCGAUGAUACUGGAUAUCAUAGUCUCGGCGACGCUGAGAAAGACAAGUCCGGAGAGAUCUGAGGACGAGCCUUCGGUCCUGUGGGAAUUGUGGUCCGUUGUACAGGAAAGUAGAGUCUUGGUGUUCGCAUGGUGGUGCAUUGGCUCUGGCAUGUGCACCGCAGUAGUUUGGAAUUUCCUCUUUUGGUACAUCGAUGAUUUAGCUACUCAUUCCCGAGUGACGUGGCUGAAAACUUUGCAAGGCUUGCUCAUAGGCAUUCAGUGUUUCGUCGGGGAGCUGUCUUUUAACUUUGUAUCAGGUGCUUUACUACACAAACUUGGCCACAUCAAUGUUAUGAGCAUCGUGCUCCUCGUCUACGCAAUUAGGUUUAUGUCUUACAGUCUGAUAAGUAAUCUAUGGAUAUUCUUGUUCGUGGAAGUACUCCAUGGACCAUCGUUUGGCCUUUGCUGGCCAACAAUGGUAUCUUACGGUGACAAGGUAGCACCCUCUGGUACCAAAGCAACCAUGCAGGGGUUUGUCGGUGCUGUUUUUGAGGGCAUCGGUGUGUCGAGUGGUAGUUUUAUCUGCGGUUGGUUGAUGGAGAAGUAUGGUGGAGUGGUUGUACUUCAAGCAUUUUCGGUUGGUUCUCUCGUGUGGCUCAGUAUUUAUUGGAUUCUUCACUUAUUGCUCCGACAAGCCAAAGUUAACCCCAUUCACCAAGGCCAUAGUCACUUGGCAACCUACGCCACUCCCAAUGAUGCGAUCCUCAUGACCAUGAGUCAAGAAUUGCAAACCUAUUAACACCUGGGGAAGAGAUCGUUGGGUUCAGACCAUCCCUCGAUAGUGUGGCGGGCCAUUGAGAUUUUUUUUUAGCAAGCACUCGCAGAUAUGCGAUUCGCGGCAACUCGAUGCAACACUUGCGAAUUUACCAAUCGCGCAGUACCUGUACCUACGCAUUGGUAAAUCAAUACGCUCAGUAUUAUGCAGUACUAUUGUUGUACGCGUAUAUACGACGUUAUACGCGACAAUACAUAUUAGUUCGUUUUUGUACCAACGACCAGAAGGCUUCGACUCGCGGUCGGAGAAAAAUAAAGAGAGCCUAUAAAGUUC